CGUCACCAUGGCAUCGUGUUUUGUUGUACUGGUCUGAUCUGAUCCAGAAGUAACCUCGUUUGAGUGUGAGGUUCUUAUACCUGAAGUGUUGUGUGCCGGUGAAACAUGGAGGAUUAUGACAGUGAUAUUCUGGCUGUUGGAAUAAAUGUGGAUAUACAGAGAACAGAUGGUCGUGUACAUUCAGCUAUUGUUAGUGGCAUUAAUACUAAUGCGAAAACUGUGACUGUAGAAUGGUAUGAAAAAGGCGAAGCUAAAGGAAAAGAGGUAGAUUUGGAAGCAGUACUUCAAUUGAAUCCCAAUUUGAGAUACUCAUAUCCCAACACAGAUAAUGCUUGUGAGACUGGUGAUAUCAGUCGAGAAAAUUUAUUGAAAGAAGUUCCAAAUUCCUUAUACCAUCCUGAAAUCAGUCUUCCUAUUGAUAUACGGCAGUUUCAAAAUCCUUCCGUUUCUGUGGCGGCUUCUGCUGCUGUCCUUGCCCAACCUAGCAACAAAGUUAAUACUACUCAAAUGGACUAUUCAUCUAGUAAUCAACCUCGUUUGAUUGCUCCAUCAACACGUGUUCCUGUUCCAUCGCCUCUUGUUCCUGUUAGCCAUGUUCCCACUCGUUCUUCAACAAUAUCAGCCUAUGAUGAUCGAACAAGUAACUCUUGUCGACCUCAAGCUUCUAUCCCGGUGCAUAAUUCUGCAGUUAUUAAUUACACUCAUAAUGAAGUUUUAUAUGAUAAAACAGAACUAAAGCGCUUACACCGUAGUUAA